AUGAAGACACAGCAAGCUGAUGCCGCAGAACCCUCGACUCGAAACGCAGACGCGACAAAGGAUGCGGCGACUACAGAACGAUAUGGCGGAGAAAACCCGAGCGACGUGGCUCCGACGAACGCGAACGACCAGUCUGCCUCACCCAAAGCCCGCCGCCGCUCCUCCAUCUUCAGCAAGAAGACGAAUGGCAACAAGGAAGAGAGAAAACAAUCACUAUCAGACUCAGGCCCCUACAUAUUCGCUUUCGAUCCACGGGUCGGCAAGACAGUGCUCCAGAAGAAUCCACACUGGCCGUAUGAAGACAGUUGGAAGCGGGAGGAGGACAAAGCAACAAGUCAGCAUUAUCAACCAUGGAGAUGUGACGAAAAACGAUGUGACUGA